AAGGUAGUUCGUUGGUCACUACCUGCUCAUAGCGACACACACAGCUGCUGGCUACGGAUACAUAAAAUCGUUCCCAGAUUCAAAACCUGAGAUGCUUUUCUUGAGCUGGGGUCGCCCCUCUCCCCAAGACCAAAAGACUUGCAUCAACAAGUCAGGUACUUUCAACUAUGAUGACAAAUAUAAAGGAGCUACUGCUAAAUCAGUGGCUUCCCUUAAAGCAGACGAGGGACUCUCCAAAGAUGGAUUUUUACUAAACGAGGCGCGAGUUCUGGUUGGUUCUGGUAUUGAGACCUUUGAAAAGGGCAAGAGUGCUCUUAGAAGUUGGAGGCAUUUUGGAUUGAAUUGGGCAUUUGUUGAUCCGAAGACACCAGUCCAACAAGGAGUGAAGUUCUGUGUUUGUGUCAAGGAGUUCUUCCCGUGGCUCAUGAUGCCUCUUCAGGUUGUGUAUGUAAAUGAAACUGGCACUGCCAAAUACCGUACUGCCUCCUUUGGUUUUGGAAGUGGAACUCUUCAUGGUCACUUGCUGGCAGGGGAAGAGCGCUUUUCAAUUGAGAUUGAUGAGAACAAUCAAGUUUGGUAUGAAGUUCUUUCUUUCUCAAAGCCUGCUAGCAUUUUAUCAUUAGUUGGGUAUCCAUAUGUGAUGCUUAGGCAGAAAUACUUUGCUAAUGAAUCUGCCAAGGCUAUGCUGAAACAUAUCAAUUCUUCAAAAUCCUAAUGCAAAUGUAUAUGUUAUUUGUAAUUGAAGAAGAUUUGAAUCUUUAUUUUCCUUUUGAUCCCCUUUUUAAUUAAAUAUUCUGCCUCUUUUUCCCUUUUGCAAAACAGUUCUCUAAAAUUCCCUUCA